AUGGACCAUAGUGAAUCACUAACAUUUAAUCAACUUUCGCAGGACUACAUAAAUAAACUCAAAGAUGCGUUCCAAUUGCUAGAUGGCGAUGAAGAUGGUAUAAUUAGUAGGAAAGAUCUUACCAAGAUAUAUACAACAUUGGGGAAGACAUUGACAGAUGAAGAAUGGUCCAGAAUGUUACCUGAGAAUGAAACUGCUACGGCAGAGAUUGAAGAAGAAGGUGUCAGCUUUCCGAUAUUCUUAUCUAUCAUGGGGAAGAGCCUAUCGCAGUUUCCAGAACGUGAAGAACUGGAGAAAAGUCUAAAAUCAGUUGGUAGGGAGCAUGAUUUGAACGUUCCCCUUAAUGAGAUUGUUAGUUCUCUGAAGGAGGCGGGUUUUGAAAAUCCUGAAGAAGAGUUUGCUAAGCUCUUUAAGCUGUUCACUAGAAGCCAGCAAGCAACCGACGAGAAGACCUUCCGAGGUAAGCUUUUCUUCGAUUCAAUCACUGAUUAA